GCCUUCUAUUUUGAGGAACCCUUCUUUUUAAACUCGUUCCAACCAAACCAGCCCUUUACCAUACUCCUCAAACCCACAUAUACGCAAUACAAAAAGUUUAUCGACAUGACAACAGCUGAGGCAUCCGCACUUGAAAGCAUUCCCGCUGACCAGCAAGGUAGCUUUUCUUCCUUUCUCAAAACGUUGGCCUCAUUCACGGGUGACCUCUCAAGCUUGACUUGCCCAUCGUUCCUGCUUGCUCCCAUUUCCUUGCUGGAAUAUUCCUCGUUUUGGGCUGAUCAGCCAGUACUGCUUACCACGAUCGGCAAUUCUGAUUCUGCUGAAGAGCGUUUCUAUGCUGCAAUCAAGUGGUUCAUUUCGUCCUUGAACGGAUCAUUUUCCAGCCGCGUCCCCAAGGGCGAAUGGGAAAAGAAACCUUUCAACCCCAUCUUGGGCGAACAAUUCAUCUGCUCGUGGGAUGACGGCACACAUAUUGUAUGUGAGCAAGUUUCGCAUCAUCCGCCAGUGUCUGGCUUCUUUAUCGAAAACAAGGAUGCCGGUAUCAUCAUCAAUGGCCAUGACGGACAAAAGACGCGCUUUUCGGGCACACAAAUGUUGGUUGAUCAGGUCGGUUACUGCACGCUGAAGCUGACCCAGCGAAAUGAAACCUAUCUCUUUACGCUGCCAUCCUUGUCGGUAAAUGGUAUUUGGUAUGCAGCACCCUAUGUUGAAUUGUAUGGCACAUCCUACGUCCAGUCGUCCAGCGGCUUUUAUGCAUCGAUCGAAUACACAACCAAGGGCUGGAUUUCUGGUGAACUGCAUCAUUUCAAGGCCAACGUGACCCACGCAGAAUUACUACCCAAGGCAACUGUGAUUGAAGGCCAAUGGACGGGCAAAUCGACUUUGACCAAAAAUGGCGGCUCUGCUGAACCCUUCUUGGAUUUGACGACGAUGGAGAAGCCUACACCCAAGGUGGCAGAAAUUGAUCAGCAAGGCGAAUUGGAAUCACGUCGUAUCUGGCACAAGGUGGCCGAGGCAUUAAAGGCAGGCGAUUACAUGACUGCAUCCGCUGAAAAAUCGGCCAUUGAAAACGAACAACGCGCAUUGCGCAAGGAACGGGCUGAGAAGAACGAGACGUGGAUCCCAAAGCACUUUAAUAACAAGACAGGCGAGGCCAUCUUUGGUGACUUGCGCGAGAAAAUCCUUGCUCAGAGUGACAGCAAAUUUGUGGAUACCAUGGGUGCAGAAUCUGGUUGGCUGUACAAGGACUUUGAAACCUUGGCUCCAUCCUCUAACUAAAGUAUUACUAAUAUUGCGAGUAUGGUUCACCUACUCUUUAUAAACACACGCUUACCAUCUUUCUCUAACCAACUUCCCUUCAAUCCACCGCCCACACACCUUUUCAUACACAAAAACACACACAUCACAUGUUUCUCUUUAUACAAAUUAUCAUCUUGGUUAUUGUCAAUGGAUACACAUAGCAGAUAUUCU